GCGAUAAUGCAAUUAGGAACUCAAAGAAGAAGAGGAAGAAGAAGUGGCGUCUCGUAUGUUUUGAAUUUGCUGUAAUUCGGAACUGGGUCGGUGUUUCACGGCUUCUGGAUAAAAUUCAGAUCCGUUAUGGCCGAUGAAGACCUAAUUUCAGUGGAUUAUGAGAUUUUUGGCAGAGUGCAAGGUGUAUUUUUUCGGAAAUACACGCAGGCAGAAGGGAAGAAACUUGGCCUUGUUGGCUGGGUCCAAAACACACCAGCAGGAACAGUGCAAGGGCAGCUACAAGGCCCACGCAAAAAGGUGAAGGAAAUGCAAGAAUGGCUGAGAUCCACUGGGAGCCCCAAGUCACACAUAACCAAGGCAGAGUUCAAGAAUGAGAAAGAAGUUGACAGCCUAGAACAUUCAUCUUUUAACGUAGUAAAAUAACUGUGCCUUUAAUAUUAACUUAUGCAGAUGUUUUAUUUAUUUAGUCUUUUUUUGUUUUUACUGGUUGGAAUUUAACAUUUAAACUGAAUGGGAGGAAGAGGUGUACUGCAUUCGUUUGAUCUCCUAAAUGUUCACAGAAUAUGUAACAACAUUAAUAAAUGGGAACUUCCUUCA